GGCGGGCGGGCGGGAUUAUUAUGGGCUGUGGGCGCCGCCGCCGAGGAGCAAGAUGGAGCUGUCUGCAGUAGGGGAGCGCGUCUUCGCCGCCGAGUCCAUCAUCAAGCGGCGCAUCCGAAAGGGGCGCAUCGAGUACCUGGUGAAAUGGAAAGGCUGGGCCAUCAAGUACAGCACCUGGGAGCCCGAGGAGAACAUCCUAGACUCCCGCCUCAUCGCCGCCUUCGAGCAGAAGGAACGAGAACGUGAGCUGUAUGGGCCCAAGAAGAGAGGACCUAAGCCUAAAACUUUUCUCCUGAAGGCUCGGGCCCAAGCGGAGGCCCUCCACAUUGGGGAUGUACACUUUUCUGUCAAGCCUGGUUCUAGCACCUCCUCUCCCAAGCUCCACUCCAGCGCCGCGGUGCAUCGGCUCAAGAAAGACAUCCGGCGAUGCCACCGCAUGUCCCGGCGUCCCCUGCCCCGUCCAGACCCCCAGAACGGUGGGAGCGUGGGUGGUGGGGCUGGCAUCCGUCCUCCCGUCUCGCCCUUCUCGGAGACCGUCCGUAUCAUCAACCGUAAGGUGAAACCCCGUGAGCCCAAGCGGAGCCGCAUCAUCCUCAACCUCAAAGUCAUUGACAAAGGUGGGAAGCCAGCCAACGGGGCUGGGGGCCUCGCUCGGCCCAAGAUCCCGUCCCGAAACCGCGUCAUUGGCAAGAGCAAAAAGUUCAGCGAGAGUGUCCUGCGCACCCAGAUCCGUCACAUGAAGUUUGGCGCCUUUUCACUCUACAACAAGCCAUCCACUGCACCUGCCCCUUCUCUGGAGGGCAAAGGGGAGGCUGAAGGCUCCCAGGCGGCAUCCUGCGGGCUCAUGAUGAGCUCCACACCUUAUGAUGCCCCCAGCUCUAGCUCCUCUGGCUGCCCAUCACCUGCCCCCCACUCCUCCUCUGACCCAGAUGAUUCUCCUCCGAAGCUGCUCCCCGAGACCCUCAGCCCAGCCAUCCCCGACUGGCGCGAGUCGGAGGUCCUCGACCUCUCGAUCCCACCUGAGUCAGCCGCCACCAGCAAGCGUUCUCCCUCAGGAGGGUGCGGCGGGGGGCAGACACCCUCCUUGUCCCUUUCCUCUUCUGACCCGGAGCAGGAGGCCGGCGACUGGCGUCCCGAAAUGUCCCCUUGCUCUAACGUGGUGGUCACAGAUGUUACCAGCAACCUCCUCACCGUCACCAUCAAGGAGUUCUGCAACGCAGAGGAUUUUGAGAAGGUGGCGGCAGGCGGUGGUGGCGGAGGAGGCAGCAAGUGAGCAGCCAGGUUCCCCCCAGCUCCAGGGGCAUGGGGGGAGGCGUACCUGUGAGAGGUCGUGGUGCGAAUGGCUGUCCUUGGUUCUCUCCUUCUCCCCUUGGCUGUCCCUCUGCCCUUACUGCCACCCUUCCUUCUCCUUUCCUCCUGCCCUGCUCCCUUUUGUCUGGAGGCUGGAGGGUGUCAGUGGGGGGGAAGUGGGGCACCCACCAUUCCUGGGUGUCCCUGCUGCUCAGAGGAGAGGCAGGGAGGGUCGUGGUGGGGCUGGGGAGUGGUUGUUUGUCCUUGAAUGUGGUGUGGUCCAAUGGGCGGUGAAGCCUUUCGGGAUGAGGGAUGGGUGAGCGUGUCUGUGUGCCUGUGGGGGUGGUGGGGAAGGUGCUCUUCCCUCUCCUUCCCCUUCCGUCUGUGACAAGAAAUCAAGAGGAGCUUUAGACCCUUGAGGGGAGGAUGUAAGAGGCUUGAAGCCCUUGCCCACACCCCCCAAAUCUUCUCCCACAAUGUGCAUGCAGUCUCUUCCAUUCCUAUGUUUCCCCCUAGCCAUGACUCCAAUCCUGCCAUCCUUCUGCUUCUUGGCUUCUGGCCUGGAUCUGCCAUCUCCUCUGCUGUCCUCAUGGCAGUGGUUGAUCCAGAUGCCUUCAGAGCAAGGGGAAGAGGGGCAGGUGAAGCGUCAUACCUGGAAGGUGCUUGAGACAAAGCUGGGGUGACAGGGGGGUGCCCCAUGCAGCAUACACCCUGUAUUGGCUUCCCCUUUCCUUUGACUAUUGGUGCUACCUUGGCAGUUGUAUGGGCAUUUUCAGGUGGCCUGGUCCCUCCUCCUCUCCUGCAUCUUCCAACUUGCUCAGCUUGGUAGGGGGAAGGGAAGAAAAAUGGGAGCCUGCUUCUGGCCCAGAUCUUCCUCCUGGUGUUCAUCACUUGCACUUGCUUGAGGGACAGGCCUCCCCCUGGCCUUACCAUGGUGGAAGUGGGCCAUGCAUCCAUCUUUCAGUUUGGGGGAAGAUAGGCCAACAGCGUGAUGCUGCCCCAGCCAGGUGAGGCUCGUCUCCUGCCUUGCACAUGGGCUUCCUCCAACUCCUUUUGCUUCCCCAGCACCCUUGGAAGGAGGGAUGGAUGGAUGCUAAGGUGGGUUGUUUGCUCCUCCUGCUUCCUUUUGUCUCUCGGGCUCUCCCUUCCAUGUGGUGGAUGGCCUGGAAGAGGAUUCUCCUCUGUCCUUUCAGCAUCUGAAAUAGCCCUUAAAACUGUCAACCAAAGGUGCUAAUAAGAAAUAACUGUCUCACAUCGUACAUGUGUGCGCUGGAUCUCUUCCCCCAGAGCUCCUGUGAGCUGAUCUAGAAAUUUCUUCUCUUCACCCCUAGCAAGUAGGAGCGAGCAAGACCACAGCUUGCCGUUCUUCACCCACAGCUCCCUCCUUCCCUGGCCACCCUUGUUCACAUCCAGAAUAAGCUCUCUUUCACCUGCCGUUUCUGGCUUGUUUCAUUUCUGCAUGGGUCCUGAGUUUCAUGGUGAGAUGCUGUUCCUGUGCUCUCCCUUCUGCCCCUACUCGCACAUGGCUUGGCCCAUAGGGGCGAGGAAAAGAGGUGCUGAUCAAUCAAGGGAGAGCCUCACCGUCUCAGCCCUGUCCCCUGUAUUUGGGAUGGGCAAAAGGGUGUUGCUUAUACAUAACACGGUCAGAGGUGAAAAGGGUGGAAAAAAGUUCCCCCACGCUGGGGCUCAGCUACUUACAAACAUGCCCCAGGUGGGUGAACAUGGGUGGAAUUAUCCCCUCUGGUGCUUCCACAUGAGGGUGCUCCGGAGCUGCUGGCUGAGGAGUGCUCUCAUGUGGAGUAGUGAUUUUUGUGGUUUCGGUGGUCUGAGGGUAGAAGGGAGGCAGUUUGUGGGAGAGAAGUAAUAUUUGUCUGCCCAAGGAGUGUUGUUGGGGCGGUAGGGGAAUAGACCAGCUUCUGACCUUAAUUAGGGCUUGUGUGCCCACAGCUUGUCUCUUCCCCGCCUCCCGUGCCUGGGUUGGUGUAAUAAAAUCCUUGCUGCCCUCCCCACAAGCCUUGCCUUGCAGCGGGUGGAGUUCAAAGCCGUGGGGCACAGAGAAUUCACACCAGCUGCAGCCCAGUGUCUGCACAGACAGUCCGAGGGGGAUUCCAGGUGCUGUUAGUGCCACCCUUUGCACGCCUCUUUCUUUUUCUUUCCUUGGUUAAAGAGCUUAGUGGACUCUCUGGGGAUGCUGCUGCAUUCACAGCUGAAGCUAGGGGUACAGAGAAAGAGAUUUCCUUGAUCCAUUCACCAAGCUAAGGCUUCCUAUAACUUGUUGGACUUGUGUGUGUGUCUGUAUUAAUAACUGCCUGUAUUUUUUGUGUCUUUAUUUUGCAUCUUUCCUGUGCCUGGCACACCCGGGGAUCCCUUAUUUUAGCGUAGCCUAUCCAUUUGACUGCAGCUUCAAAGAUGAGCAGUUUGUAGGCAUAGGGAAAAGCUCUUUCUUAGGGAAAUCUCGAGGAGAUUCUUCUCUACCCCCCCCAACACCUUUCUCAACAAGAACUAGUUUGUGGCUGUGAGAUAAGAGGAGCUCCUUUGUGGGGUGGAUGCAAACUGGCCAGUCACUUUAGGUUGUUAAGUUGCUAUUUGGUGUGUAUGUGGUGAUGUGUUUUGUUUCGUGGUAUUGAGGUUCUGAAAAAAAAUAUUGAAGCGUUUAAGUGGGAGAUAAAAGGGAACUUUAAUAGGAAACUCUUGAUGUGUUUUGGCCAAGAUGUGUUGGCUUGGCAGAAUUCUUUUCCCCAGUGUCUCUUGUAUGGUGUUCUUUGGGGGCAGGGGACAGGAAUUGUUUAAUCGAAGGGUUUUUGCCUUUCUCCAGAGUGACAAGCAAGGGGACUGUCUGUGAAGAGCAAAACAGUGGGUCGUUGUAGGGAUACUCCGUGAGGACCUUCUUCCUGUGGCGAGGAGACGAGGGGACUUGUUGUGGCAGAGGAACUCGUGCAGUAGAUCCUCUUUGUGGAGGAAGAAAGGAGUAUGAUCCGGCUUGCAGACACAGCUCGACUGCUUGUGUGACGAAUCUCUCCCUGGUCACCAGGUGGGAGAACCAAACCCUGAACCUCUGGAUCCGAAAUGAGGAUCCUGUGCUGGUUUGAGUUAGACAUUCGCUAACUUGAAUGCAGCAGCAGCCUCAAGUUCCCUCAGGUGGACAAGCCACUUGGGGCUGACUAACCUACCUUCGUAUUCACGUGGGUUACACUCCUCCUUCUGAAUUUUUGCCCUUGCUCCUUAAUGGAGGUGGGAAAGAAGAUCCAUCCAUGCCCUUUAAAAAAGGGCAUGGGAUUGAGGGAGGAGUUUAUUUGAAAGUAUCCCCUUCCCUUCCCCGUAACCCCUAGAAAAAAGAAACAAAAACAGGGAAAUAUUCUCUGUGUCUGUGCCAUGUUUGUUCUCUUGUCGUCGUGUUUUUAGAGGAGAUUUUAUGAUGGAGUGGAAAAAGUGAAAUGAUUAGUUUUGCAUAAAAAAAGAAAAGUUUAAAAAAAAUUUCUACAGGGAGAGAGUGAGAGAGAGUUUAAAAAUGAAUAAUAAAUGCAGUGAUUGCACAAACUGUAGUGGUAUUAGAUGGUCCUUAGAGAAAAGAGUAUUUUGUAGUAUCGAAGCAUGUGUGUCUGGGAUGGUGUUUGGCUUGCUUGAACUGGAGGGAAAGGCAUUCUGGGACUGAGCAGCGAUCUCUGAGCUGAAAAGGCAAGUUGCAUGUUGGAGGAACCCUGUCUACAAACCCUUCCCGUCCUUGCCUCCCAAGUGUUGGAGUGAGUUCCCUUCCCUCCCAUACCUCUCCUGUGAGCUAAGGUGGAGUCUCCAAGUGGUUUUCCAGCUGAGCAGCCCUCAGAAGGCCGGUUGCAUUCUGCCAGAACGUGGAUUGGGCCAGCGACGUGGAAACAGUUGACUUACUUUGCAUGCACAGCAAGCUGCUAAGAUUUGGGGUUGGCAUGUACAUUUCCUUGCCAAGUCACUGUCUCUUCUCUUUUUCCCUCCCCCAUAUCCAAGUGGGGUAAAACACAGUGGGCUUAUCUCCCGGGAAGCAGAUACGCCUCCCCUCUAUAGGGUCUCUUAGCUUCUUCCAGCAUCAGGUGGCGAGUGGCAUUUUUCCGUAUAGGAUUCACCACAUCAGGACAGAGAACGAAGUCUGCAGUCUGACAUCCUAUCUCUGACAGCUGUCGGAUCUUCAGAGGUGGAUGAGAGGGCUGUCUUGUGUGCUCUGAAGGUGUUGCCGAGUGAGGAAUGACCCUCUUCUUGAGGCCAGCAAAUGCUGGAGGUUUUGGGGAGUGCCCCAAUAGGACUGUGCUCGAGUAGGGCUGCUGCCUUCUGCUCUGGCUUCCUGCGGGGUGGUGGGGAAGAGCUGCCCGAACAUUUCUUCAAAGCAAGAAGGCAGCUCUUGUGUGCUGGCUUCCUCAUCCAAGGUGUCUCUGCUGGGCAUUCAUCUGGUACGUAGGGUGACUGCAGGGAAGAGGAAAGCCACCAGAUGUUGGUGUCUGAACAGAAGGUGGCAGGCAGGGGACACUAGGACAGCUUUUCUUGUCUGGACUUCUCUGGUGCCCUUGGCUUUGUGGCGGCAGGUGACAGAUGUCUCGAUGCCUUCCAUAGCCUGGGCUGCUUAUGGAAACUUCUUCUCCCUCUGCCCAUUGAGCUCUGUCAGUGCUUCCCACGGCCUUUAGCUUGGUGUGGCAGCCUCCUGUCUCCUGCUGUCUCCUCGCUGAGCAGAGCGGGACUGGGGAGGCGUGAAAAUAAUGAGAUGCAAGCUCCUUCUGGGAUGGAAAACAGAGAAAUAGUGUGGUGAGCAGGCCCAGCUGUGGUGAGCCACUGCUUAAUUUCUGUUUUCAGAAGAGAAAGGGAGCAUUUCUCUGCGUCUCCCCUUACUGAAGUUCCCAGGGAGAUUUUAUGAUAUAAACAAAGGAAAAAAAAAAACCAAAAACAAAAAACACAAAAACAAACCCACAAUCCUACUUUUUACCAGGUAGGAGCUGUCUCUGAGCUGAGUCUUCCUAGGGAUUUCACUCCCUUUCCCAGCCCCUCUUUGUAGAGGAGGUUUUGGCAGCUCCCGGUGUUUGGAGAUGAUCACCUUCCUGAGGACCUCCUGGCACAGAGAGGUUACCGUGCUGAAGGAUGAUGUCCCAAAACCCUUCACGCUUCUGCCCACAUCAGCUGUGGCAUUACUGAGGCUUCUCAGGAGCAGGUCCUUUUUCCCAGGGAGGUGUAACAAACCUGGAGUGCGUGUCUGGCUAAGUGCUUCUUUUUUCCCUUCGCCUCCUUCCCUACCUUCCAACAAGACCUUUUUCCUCCUUGCCUGGCACAUCCUUUUACUCCAAUGUCGCUUGCUUUUGCUGCAUUUUUCAAUUGCCCAAUAAUCGUGCAAGAGCUGGGAUCUUAUUUACUUUUUAUAUAUAAAUAUAUAAAAAUAAAAGAAGAAACCUUCCCCCCUCUCCCCGCUUUUCCCCCAGUCUCACCCCCCGCGCAGCCUUCCUGAUGUCCUCUCUGAAGGCAGUGAUGCUGUAGAGGGUUGAUUUGGGGCUGGGGAUUCGGUGCCUCCUGGGUUCUGUUCCCUCUUGGCUUGCUGUGGCCUUUCUGCCAGCCAUGUCACUGCCCGCUGCCUCGUCUCCCUCACACGAAGGGGGCGGUGGGCGGAUGGGACCAUCCUGCCGAGGGUGCUGGCAGCCCGACCUGGCCAUGUUUGCACAGAGGAGCGCCGGAGGAGUGCCAAGUACUGCUUCAGAAACCCCCCUCUCCCUCUCCGUGCUUCCUUCCCGAGGUAACUCCAGCAAAUAUCUUAACUGCAUCAAUGCUUUGGGGUUGAGCGAGUAAGUGGCUUCAUUUUCUUCUGUUUUUUAGGUCCUUCCCCAGAGUGCAAAGUGUGUAGUUUCUUUUUGGGCGUGUAGACGGGAGGAGAUGUUUGGAGUCUUAUCUCCAUCCUCACCUUUGCCCUUCCGUCCUCUACUUCUCUCUCCUUUCCAUGUUUCCCUGUAUCAAACUGACGUGUCUAGUGGGGUCUGUGCCCUUGUCUGCGCAGCAGCCUUGAGGUGCCCUGUGUCCCACCUGCCUCGCUCAUAAGGACAUCACAGAGCCCUGAGCUCUUCUUUCUCCCUUUCUUUAAAUGUCUCCUUCCAGGAAUGAAGGGAGAUGUAGUCAGUUUGCCCUUCCCAUAUGUUGGUGGGCAGCUUCUGGCAGCUUUUCUGUCCCUUACAGCUUCUGUAAGGUGGGAAGUGAUGGUCUCCAGGACCGUUGGAGGAGUGGGGGUGUCCUCUGUGCUCCCAGGUCAAGCAGAGCAGGGCAGUGGGCAGCAAGCACCGUGCUGCAGCGUAGGGAGGAAGCGAGGUGACAGAAGAGCAGCCAGAUGCAGUCAAGGUGGAUACCAUUGUCAGCAGCAGCUUAGAAAAUAGAUAUAUCUGAUGGUAGGGAAAGGGCUUGGUCAGGAUAAGUAGCUGAAGUGUUAAUUCCCAUUGCAGGUCCCUGGUUCUUGACUUCGUUCUUGCUCAGCCAAGCACUUAGAGCUUGCACUAACGCGUGGGAGCACGGCUGGGUGUGCAUCAAAGCACUUCAUGGGGCUCUGGGGCGUUGUAGGACUAGCAGGGCCCCAUCGUGCCCCCGAGCAGCCCCUCAGCUGUGCCCCGCUGUCGGGGGUGCUGAGGUUUCCUCCUGGGCAGAGCAGCAGGUCGGUUGCUCUUUAGCUGUCCUGGAGGGAACCUGCUGCUUCCAGCCCCUGGGCUGCAUAGGGGGAUGUUUUCUUAGGUCAAGUUCUCAAACAGAACAACAAAAAAAGUAUUCAUUGUGGUGACUUUCUUCAGGAAAAAAGUUGUGCCCAUGCCUUCCCCAAGCUAAUCAACUUGGUUAUGUUGUCCUCUUCCUCUUCUCCUCUCCCCUGCCAUUAAGCCUUGUACGCUCAAGAAUAGAGGACUAUCUCUAUUUUGGGAUAUUUUUUUCCCUGUUUGUUUGCUUUUUGGACAGCAAGUUGUCCGGUGGUGGUGGAGGGCAGGGGCCUGCCUCAUCUGUUCCUUCCUUUCACCUUCCCCAGUGCCAAGCUUAGCCUCAAAUCCUGAAGAUUCCUGCAAAUACUGAACUCCGAGCAGGCGAGUUACCCCACUGAGCUCUGUGGUACUUGGGUGCUUCAGAUUCUGCCUGUGCUUGAGUUUUGGCAGCAUCAGAGCCUUAUCCUUUCUCUUAGAGAAGGUCAGACCUAACUCCUAGAGUGCUGAGGGUUCUGGUGCAACCCACCUGGUUCUUUAUUUCCCCUCACCUGGCAUACAGAGUGAAGGUGGUAAUUUUUUUUUUUAAUUUAAAAUAAACCUAAAUAUGUAUCUUGUAAUUUUUUUAUUUUGAAAAAAAUGCAUUUAAGGAUUGUGCACGGAUGAAUUGUAUAUCUAUUUUUUUUUUGUUCUUGCAAUUUUCAUUUAAAUAUAGUGUUUGUUCAGUUUUGUUUUGUUUUUUUUUAAUCCAGUUCCCAGCUGGCUAAACUCUGUCUAGAGCGGAUGGGUGGGAGGCGUAGCCACUGGAGGGGUGAUUGAAUCAGCCCUUCCCCUGGUGCUUCCCACAAGAAAAUGGUUUGCUCCAGGUUUGGGGGUGGGGGUUGUGCUGAUUACUCUUGUAUUCUUGUACAUUUUGUUCUUUCUGCUGCUCUUGGAUAUUGUAUCAAUGCCAGAAAUGGGGAGUUAAAAAAAUAAAAAAAUUAAAAUUAACCCCAAUAAAUUGUUACAUUCCAAAA